AUGCGGAAGCGCUUUGGCCACGCCCCUUUUUUCCCAUCCCCCCUUUCAGCCAAUCAGCGCCUUCGCCGUCUCCGGGCUCAGCCAAUCAGCGCGAGGCCCUCCCCGGAAGCUCCGCCCCCUCCGCCCCUCCCCCACCGCGGCCGCGGAGCCGCCGCCGCUCCAGCUCACCUGGCGGGUCCCAGGGCUCACCUGGUGACGUCAUUUCCGCCCAAAGCCCCACCCACAGCUCACCUGGUGACGUCAUUCCCGCCUCGAGCCCCGCCCACAGCUCACCUGGUGACGUCAUUCCCACCCAGAGCCCCGCCCACAGCUCACCUGGCGCUGGCCACGCCCACUCAGGUGAUUGGCCCCGCCCAGUGCCCCAAGGCCUUCGCCCAGGCCGGAGCCUUCCGGAAGCACCUGAGGGCCCACGCGGGGCUCCGCCCCCACAGGUGCGGCUCCUGCCCCAAAGCGUACGCCGAGCGCAAGGACCUGCGCAACCACCUGAGGGCGCACACAGGUGAGCGCCCCUACCUGUGCGCCGAGUGCGGGAAAAGCUUCGGCCGCUCGUCGUCGCUGUCGUGCCACCAGCGCAUCCACGCGGCCGCCAAGCCCUUCCCGUGCCUGGGUGAGCGCCCCUACCUGUGCGCCGAGUGCGGGAAAAGCUUCGGCCGCUCGUCGUCGCUGUCGUGCCACCAGCGCAUCCACGCGGCCGCCAAGCCCUUCCCGUGCCUGGGUGAGCGCCCGUACCUGUGCGCCGAGUGCGGCAAGAGCUUCGGCCGCUCGUCGUCGCUGUCGUGCCACCAGCGCAUCCACGCGGCCGCCAAGCCCUUCCCGUGCCGCCUCUGCGGCAAAUCCUUCACGCAGCUCUCGUCCUACCAGAGCCACCAGCGCGUCCACACCGGCGAGCGCCCCUACCUGUGCCCGCAGUGCGGCCGCACCUUCGCCGACCCCUCCAGCUUCCGCCGCCACCAGCGCGCCCACCAGGGCCUGAAACCGCACGGCUGCGCCGAUUGCGGCAAAACCUUCCGGCAGCCGGCGGAUCUGGCGGUGCACCGGCGCACGCACACCGGCGAGCGGCCGUGGCGGUGCGGGGAGUGCGGGAAGGCGUUCGUGGCGUCGUGGGAUUUGAAGCGGCACCGGCUGACGCACUCCGGGGAGAGGCCGUGGCGCUGUGGGGAGUGCGGGAAGGCGUUCGGGGAGAGGGCGGCGCUGGGGAAGCACCGGCGGACGGGUUCGGGGGAGCGUCGGGGCUGA